AUGUUUUCAUCAGGAGUGUGGCCGCGUUUAUCGAGGCCGUCGUUUAUUUUGGUGCAUUAUGUCUAUAUCGUGGCACUCUGCCUCGUCGGGAUGGUGAUGAUAUAUCCCCUGAAGAAUAUGAGUGCGAUCGAUGCAUUGUUCCAGGCCGUGGGAGCUGCUACGAUGACGGGCCUGAAUUCGGUCGACUUUAAAGGAUUAACGAUAUAUCAGCAGGUGGUGCUCUAUAUCAGUCCUCUGCUGGGCAAUAUUUGUUUCAUCAACUUCAUCGUUGUCCUGGUGCGAUUGUACUGGUUCGAGUCCAAAUUCAAAGAAAUUGUGAGAUUUUCUCGUUUGCCGUCUACUGAAAGAUCUCAUCACGUCGAAAGCGGCCUGAGAGGCCACAGGGUCGUUGGAUUAUCUACAGCUCCGGAUUUACCUAUCAAACCAUCUGAAGAGACAGAAACCAAAGAUGGAGAAGGGCUGAAGCAAAGAACUUCACAUGUUCCCGAGGAGGAGGGACGGGAAGACUCCAAACCGACUGUUGUUGAAAAACAGCUUCCAACUACCGGGACUGGACACGUUUCGUUCUCAACGGAUACUUUCAGGCCGAGAGAGAAAGCACUUAGGAUCCCUGGUCCGAGAGAGUUUGAAGCCGGCCAUAGAGCACACGAAGUUGAUGAAGAAGCUGAUGGCGAUGAACUCACCAAAGCAACGUCAAUCGAUCCAUCUCUCGUGGGUGCCCCAAGCCUACGUGAAAGAGGAAAGCUGGAAAGAAUUCUAUCCCACGCAACGUCUGUGGAACAAGCUGCUUCAUCAGCCUUCGUAUUGGGGAGUGCAUCGCGCCCUAGGUCCCGCUCGAGAUCCAUCUCACGCUCUCUAAGACCUCUUAGCAGGACUGGCUCCCGUGGAUCCCAGGUCCCGUAUUUAUCAUAUACUCCUACCAUAGGCAGGAAUUCUCAAUUUCUAAACCUAACGGAGGAACAGAGGAUAGAGCUGGGAGGUAUCGAGUAUCGAAGUUUGAAGCUGCUAGCUAAGAUAGUCGGUGGCUACUAUUUUGGGUUUCUGCUGCUUGGAUCUAUUCUGCUCAUUAUCUGGAUUUAUGCUGCGAACCCGGUUCAUAGACAAUAUCUUGCGGAGAACGGAAUACACCCGGUCUGGUGUCUCACGCCAGAUUCCAUGGUCAACUUCCGCUCCAACACAUUCCCCAUGCUCUUCAUGACCUUUCUGAUCCUCGUCGGCAACACUGCUUACCCUUGCAUGCUGCGUUUCAUCAUCUGGUGCAUGUUCCGCCUCUCUCCCAAAGCUUCAGCCAUUCAUGAACCUCUUAACUUCCUCCUUGACCACCCUAGGCGAUGUUACACGCUUCUAUUCCCCAGCAGAACAACGUGGGUGCUCUUGGGAACGCUGGUGUCACUGAACGGACUGGAUAUCAUGCUUUUUAUGAUUUUGGACUUGCGGAACCCCGAAGUUACGGCAAUAGAUACGGUAUGGCAUCGAUUAUGCGCGGCAUCUUUUCAAUCUACUGCGUCAAGGACGGCUGGUGCUACAUCUUUUGCUUUGUCGAAGAUUCAUCCUGCAGUGCAGUUUAGUUUGAUGGUGAUGAUGUAUAUCUCUGUAUUCCCGGUUGCUAUGAGCAUGAGAAAGACGAAUACAUACGAAGAGUCGUCACUAGGCCUGUACGACUCGGAAGAAGAAGUCGAUGAAACAACUGAUUCCUCAUCGUAUCUGGGCCAGCACAUCAGGAAACAACUGGCUUUUGACCUCUGGUACAUCUUCCUAGGCGUCUUUCUCAUCACUAUAGCCGAGGGGGCUAAAAUUGCAGACCUGAAUGACCCAGCGUUCCAAAUAUUCGCCAUCUUCUUCGAAGUCGUUUCUGCUUAUGGCAAUGUGGGCCUCUCUCUAGGCCACCCAACUAUAAACGCUGGACUGUCGGGUAAAUUUACUACCGUCAGUAAGCUGGUGAUGUGUGCCAUGAUGGUGCGUGGUCGACAUCGUGGUUUGCCGUAUGAGCUUGACAGGGCGAUUGUCCUGCCUGGAGAAAGGCGCAGGAAAGAAGAGCAGGCUCGGGCAGAAGGUCUAGUUGCGUCAGUAAAAGAAUAG